UUGGACAACAAAGAUGGCGGCGGGGAGCAGCAACUACUGGGAAGAUCUCAGGAAACAGGCGAGGCAGCUGGAGAACGAGCUGGACCUGAAGCUGGUCUCCUUCAGCAAGCUCUGCACCAGCUACAGCAGCGGCCGAGACGGAAGGCGCGACAGGUAUAGCUCUGACACAACUCCUCUCUUAAAUGGAUCAAGCCAGGACAGGAUGUUUGAGACCAUGGCCGUGGAGAUUGAACAGCUUCUGGGAAAGCUGACGGGGAUAAACGACAAAAUGGCAGAGUACACCAACAGCGCGGGCGUGCCGUCCCUGAACGCGGCGCUGAUGCACACGCUGCAGCGCCACAGAGACAUCCUGCAGGAUUACACACACGAAUUCCACAAAACCAAAGCAAACUUCCUGGCAAUAAGAGAAAGGGAGAAUCUGUUGGGAUCAGUACGGAAGGAUAUCGAGUCGUAUAAAAGCGGGUCUGGCGUGAACAACAGAAGAACAGAACUAUUCCUGAAGGAGCACGAGCACCUUCGAAACUCAGAUCGACUGAUAGAAGAAACAAUAAGCAUUGCCAUGGCAACUAAAGAAAAUAUGACUUCGCAGAGGGGGAUGUUGAAGUCAAUACAAAGCAAGAUGAAUACCUUGGCUAACCGGUUUCCAGCAGUGAACAGCCUGAUUCAAAGGAUCAACCUUCGGAAACGACGAGACUCCUUCAUUUUGGGCGGCGUUAUCGGCGUCUGUACCAUCUUACUGCUCUUAUACGCUUUUCAUUGAUGGAUGUUUCCCCCCCUGGACUCUGCUAAAACUCAUCACCACCUUCCCUCCUCCCAGCCCAGGAACAGGGAGUGGGGGAAGCACCAGACUUCCACAGCCUGCUCUCCGUGGCUGGGACUGUCAGCAUGAUGUCCAGAGCUUAUGAUGGUAGACUGUGACACUGGGUUUGGGCUGCAGCUGCAGUGUUUCUCCUUCCCUGCCACACAUCUUUGGUUAAAUUUGGUGGGAUUUGUUUUGUCUUUAGUUUCCCUUUCUCCCUGCAAGGUAAGUAGAUACAGGACACUUACCAGGACUGGUAGAACAGUUGCAGUGCUCAGCGGUGCUGAGGAGGUCUGGUGAGUGGAAAAGGAGUAGUGUUAGAUUUGCCUUGGGUGGAAGCAGCAGGAAGACCUGCUUCCCUGAAAUCCAAUCCCAGCACUGAACACUAUCACCCUGAGAGAAGAAUAUUGCAGCUUUAAGCCCUCAGGUUGCUUUACUACUAAAUACAAUGUUCUGUAAUUCUUUUUAACUCCUGGUUGAGAUUCUGGUUAUUUCUGCAUAAUCCGUGCUGUGAAAACCGUGCUUCACACAAAUUCCUCCAAGUUAAAAGAGAAGGGUUGUUACAUUCUUUUCUUUUUUUUUUUUGUUUUUGCACAGAGUAUGAAUAAAGUUCCCUCUGAGGGGAGAUCAUAAGGUUUCUUGUGGCUUUAAAGGGACUGACAAGUCCCCCUUUGUGGAACAGGGAGCGCAGUGCCCAAGCAGCUGUUUACUCUGGUGUUCAGUCAUCCGAAAAGUGACCAAACAUGAGUUCACCUAAAGGUAUCUUUUGGGUGUAAAUGCUUUUGAUUUUGGCUGGUGUCACAGAGGUCCUUACAAAGACACGGUGAGCAAUUUGCCAAGCCUAUGUUGCAAUUUAGGUAAAGUUGUUCUGAUAGCGCUGAUGUUUUUACACUGUAAGAAGGAUAUAAUCUAAACUGUCAAUUGGAAGUGAAAAUUACGAUGGUUAUACCUGAGGCAAACAUAUCUUUGUGCAAAGGGUUUGGACAGAACUCCUCCCAGUCAAGAGUUUGAAUGUAUGAACAGUGAAACAAGUAUUACUUACCAUUAUCUGAGGAGGGGGGAAACCACUUUUUUUCAGUCCAGACAUGCAGAAAGAUUCCUGUGGUGUUCGUGUCUCUGAAGAAAGAUGAUGUCAGGAAUGGCUUUGACGUCGCAGGUUCCCCGAUUAACGGGUUUUUCUGCUCUUUCAGCAGCACUUUUCCAUCUCUCAUAUCAUAACCCGAUGAAAUGUCUUUCUAAGAACUUGAUUAACUCUUUUCCCAGCCCACUGACAGUGCUCCUAACAGAUUCCCAACAGAUCCCAUGUUUGCCAUCACCCACAAACGUCCCACAGUGUCCGGGUUCUCCUCUGGAACAGAGUCCAGCGGGGCAGAUGCAAUUUUUUACUGCAUUUUAUAGUGUCAGUGAGUACCUUUUGGGGGGGAGUAGAGACUUGUGCCUGUGUAGUGUGUAAAACCACACUGUUACACCCAAAAUGUUUGUCAGGAUUUGGAGAGGCUUCUUUGCAGACUAAUAACUCUGUGCUGAAAAAAAAAAAGUCAACAAAGGCCUCCAAUCAGUCAUCCCGUCGAUGGGAUUAGGGAGCAUUUUGGAAUUAAUACGUGUAAAACUGUGGGGCUUGUAUUUUAAAUAAAGGGUGAUUAUUUGGUUGAUUUGGGAAUGCUCCUGCUUGGAGCUGAAGUGUUUAUUAAAGGGGUUUAGGAAAGAGCUCGAUGGAUAAAGGAGGUUUAUUGCUGGAUCUGCGUGUUGGGAGAUCAAAUCUUUUUUCUCCCUGUUGCCUUUUCUUUGAUUCCUCCUCCACCCCAAGGGACCCUGAUCAGCACUUGUGCAUCUGUUUAGGAUUUGUAGGAUUUGGUUGCUGUAUAGUCGGCAAUAUAAGAUCUGCAGUACCGUAAAUAAAUUCAUUUAUUUAAUCUUAUAACAAGUCUUUUUACUGGACUUAACUGAUUAUUUGGUGCAUAUAUUUAAUCUUAUUGUGUGAAAAAGCUGCUAUGGGAAAUAUGUAGAUUAUAAUAAAUAUGUAAACAUAAUUGAUUUUUCAUGUUAUGAAAAUGUUACGGAGGAACCGAUAUAUUUUAGUAUAAAAUAAUGGAAAUAUGCUGAAUUAUCUCUGAUAAAGCUUUACUGGAAAUGGUUUCGGUGUUGGCAGCCCCUCCAUGGUUUUUAUUUGUGUUGGUUUUGAGUCAGAUUUGUGUUGGUUUUGAGUCAGUUUUGUGUUGAAAAGACAUUUAAUUACCCUUGGAGCUUUCCCUUCAUCGUCACGUUGUGUUCCCCUGGCAGUGUGAGCGGGUGCUGUGCUGUGCUCCCUGGAGUGUGUGUUUGCAUCUGGCCCAGGGAAAGACUUGUUAAUUCAGGAGGCUCAGCCUAAUAACUCAUCUCUAAUAACCUGGACCUGUGAUCAGAGCAACGGGCUGGGAAACGAAACCAGUGGAUCGUAGUAUUUAAUCUCAAAUCCCAAAAUAUAGGUUUGUGUGUCUCCUGUUGCUAAAUGUGUCCUCCAAGUUUUUCAUUCUGUGUGGUUCCCUCGUGCUUUAAAGGGGGGAAAAAAAAAGAGAUGCGGUUAAAGAAUUCUCAUUUCUGCAAUUCCUGCCAGAGUGGCAGUUUCGUAACUCGACCAGCUAGAACUGUGCUAAGAAAAUUAUUGCUGAGCAUUGAAAGGAAGGGAGAAAAUCCACAGUAUUUCUGCAGGGCACAUUUCACACCCUGGUUUUAAAUUUCUGCUUCAUUCUUCCCAGUACACAAGCAGCUCCUUCCAGCCUGGCCAGGCACUGGAGCACAAGGGAUGGUGUUGAUAACUUUGCUUGACAUGGAUGGGAAUGUUUUUAUCUGUGUUCUCUGGGCUGUUUCUUGACAUGUUUACCUGAUCUUCAGUCUCUGGUUGCUGGGGCAGAGCAGUGGCAUUUGGGCAGCCCCCUGUGUGUGCACAGCCUGGGGUGCAGCUGUGGCUUCUCCCCAGGGCAGUGCAGGAGUGAGGGGCAGGCAGGGUUUGAGCAGGCACUGCUGGGGAGAUGAAUCUGCCCGUCCUGGGGAGCCACAACAUCCUUUCUUGAACAGCAUUGGUUUGGGGAGUGUUGCAUAUCGAAGUGAGGGAUUAACUCCUGCUGGAUGCUCAUGUCAAGCAGAGUUCUCAUUGCUAGUUUAGAAGUCCUUUCUUGGAAGGGUCUUAUGGUGACUGUGAGAAGAGUCAAGUUCCUCGCUGGAUGUUGAAAAUGAAAGAGCAGAAGUGGAUUUUGAAGUGAUGUGAAAAUGUCAGAUAAAUUGUUGGCAGCCUGUCCCCCAGGGCUGUGUCCCCUGAGGUGCUGCAUUCCCAAAACUGGAGCCAAGGCUGGUCCACCACUUCUGAUGGUGCAGCUCGUUCAGUCACAACUGGUUUAACCCCAAGCAUAGCAAUUUGUCUCCCAAGAUCACUUGAUGUGUAAUCUUCCUAUUUUUACUUUUCGUCCCAAAGCUUUCAUUAGAAACAGGAAGGAGAGGUAACAGCUGUGUCACUGCUGAGGGAGGAAAUAAUUCUGAAACUCCUUACAGCAGCAUGGAAUGAUGAAAUCCUUCAGAGCAACGUGCAGGACAGGAGACUGCAGUGAGGGACACACUGAGCCAAACCUGAGCCACGUUCUAGGUGACAUCUCUGUGCCCUGCACCUCUCCUGUCACUGCACAGCUGAACCAGUGGUUAUGCUUUCAGCUCUGAGUACAGAAGGAGCUGUUGGUCUGUCUGGUACUGAGUGAGGAAAGCAAUUAAAUGAACACUCUAGACCCAAAACAAAGCCCUUUCUCACAAAAUAUCCCAGACCUUGUAAAUGAGUUUCUGAUUGCACUUUCUGAUUUUUCUCUUUUCAUAUACGUUCUUGGAACUUCUACUGUAACUGUAACUAUUUUUGUUCUCACCUAUUGUGCAUUUUCUCUAUGUAUUAAACAAAAAGGCUUUGAUAUGUAAUUUAAUAAUAAAUUAGAAUUCUAA